AUGAAGUGUGACCGAGACUUCGGACGUGGAAGACGGGAAAACCUUCAAACUCCAGGAAAGAGUGGAGAAGAAACCGCAGGAACCGUCAAUACUGCAACAGCAGAACCGUCACUGCAGCAGGAGAGCGAGAAAUGCACCGGGGCGUCGGCACAGGCGGGUCUACCGAGUGAAGGAGACGAAUUGGCGGAACUUUACGAAAGUAGGAAAGCAGCAGUGCCUCCACCUCCUGUGGUCCGACCGAAGGAACCCCGACCUCAGCUGGCCGAUGCCCUGGCCUGCCGCCCGCCCGACCCGCUGUACGUCAGACGGGCAGGCCUGAGGUUCUGGUGCACCAAACGGAUCCUCGACUGGCAGAGACAGGCGCUGCGUGCACGGGAGGACCCAGGAGCAGUUUUGAAGCCUGUCCAAGAAUAUGGCGAAGAGUUUUCCCCGAAGAAUGCAGAAAUUGGAGAGGCGAGAAGGACCGGGGGACGUUACGAGAACCACAAAGAUCACACGAAUCACGAAAAUGAUAGAAAACACGCACAUUACGACAACGACGAAGAACAUGCACAUUACGUAGAUGAAGAACAGGGGCAUUAUGAGAAUGAUGAAGAACACAAAUAUUAUCAGAACGAUAAAAACCACGCACGUUACGAGAACGAACGAGAGCACGGGCAUUACGAAAAUGAUGGAGAACAAGGAUUUUAUGAGGACGACGGAGAACACAAAUAUUAUCAGUACGAUAAAAACCACGGGCAUUAUGAGAAUGACGAACAACACAAAUAUUACCGGUACGAUAAAAACCACGCACGUUACGGGAACGACCAAGAACACCGACAUUACGAGAACGACGAAGAACAUGACGAAAAUGAUAGAGACCAAGGACAUUAUGAAAACGACGAGGAACACGCUCGAGCUCUUUACGAAAACGACGAGGAACUGUCGAACUUGUCCACUCACGUUUACGCCGAUUUGGACCCCGACUUUCUGGCAGCACAAGAUGCGAUCAAAAAUGCCGCAGCUCAGCCAUUCUAUGAGAUGGACAUCAUCCUUACGAAUAAAGAACAAGAACAACCAUUCUACAAGAUGGACGUCACCGCUGCUAAAGACAAACAACAACAAGAACAGCCCUUUUACGAGAUGAAUGUCGCCUCAGCCGAUGAGAACAGUGAACAAGUUUUCUACAGGAUGGACGCCGAUCAACUGGGCCAGCCGACUCCGUCAGAGAACGCGUACGAAGAUUUGGAUGCCGAUUUUCUGGCGGCACAAGACGCGGUGGUCAGGAGGCACGGCGUAGGAGAACCGAGCAGGGCUGAGAGCGACGACUGCAGUACGUUCUGCAGGUCCCAUCGUGGCCGCAUAGUGGCGCUUUGUGCUGGCUUCAUCAUUGCCGCUAUUGGUGCAACUGUAGUCGCUGUAAUUCUCAGCCAACACAGAGUACUGAGCACCGACCCUGAAGAAAACAUGGUGACUCUAACCCAGACAACACUUCCGGCGACCUCCACAACAUCGUCUACACUUCUGCCUAUGAUCAUGACGUCACAAGCUGCUACUGACGAGACAACAGUUGGAACAGAUUGGUGGGGAGAGUGGACCCUCUACGUCAGAGCGUACUUCCAGCAGAACAGUGGCACCGCCGCGGGUUUGGAAAAACGUUAUCCCCACAAUGAAGUUGUGAUGGUCCUGCUGGAAGACAGGUUCUUCUGGCCCUUCCUGUGCUGGUACUGGAAAAUUUACCGCGACCUGCCGAAAACCUUGAACACGGCUGUAGGCUUUGGCAUUAAAUACGGAAUUUCAAGUGAGUACAUGGAGUCACACGGCCAACCCGCGUACAGAGAGUUCCUUUCUUCCAUGUUGAACGCGUUGGAGGCACUGCGGAACAAGACGGGGGCACUGCCAAAUAAUGGCGAGGUAAAUCUGGCACUAGUUCGGCAUGCACUGUUGGACAGCGACGUUGAGGCCCUGGCAAACCUUUUCCCAUAUCUGGAAGGAACGAAAAGCCUCUUUCUUAUAAACUGCAGAAUUUCUGCUGACGCAGCAACACUUUUGGCUGGACAGCUACACCUGCUGCAUACGCUGACAGUUUUAGAUCUGAAGAAUAACAAGAUAGGAGAUGAAGGGGUGGGAGCAAUUGCAGAGACAUUUCCUCACUUAACAGAACUCCAACUUUUAAACCUUCAAAAGACCUCAGUAACAAACCUGGGAGGACGGGCAAUUGCCGAUAGGCUGGUCCACCUGCAGCAGCUACAGGAACUCUUCUUACAGGAAAACGAGCUGGCGCUCAGUGUCUCUGCGCUGGCAAAGGCGUUUGCCAACAUGACACGACUGGGGUAUGUCAGCAUGUGGCCCGUCACGUGCAGUUCCGAGUUUUUCCGCAAGGCAGCGGGACAGGUACGAGACGCUGUCCACACGCUUGCGGGGCAGGUGACACUUCGCGGGGGCAUUCGGUUGUAUGACGGCUCCAGUAACACAGACGGUACACACGGACUGGACACAGCAUAUGCAUGGCGACGAGUUGAAGGUAGACUAACAUCAGGAGUAGUCAUAUCAAACCGGCAGUUGAAGGUAGAAUUCAAGCUGUUGGUCCCUGAUGCUGGACACCAUCCACCCAGAGGCUAACACGCGAUUUCCUGAUUCCAAAAAGACCGACAUUUGGCAACUUGGUGGUUGUCUUGUCACCUUUGUAGAGGUAGUCGUGAUCGGUACCCUUACAAUGUGAACAAUGCAAGCAUCGAAUGUUAGAGAAACCUUGGAUCAAUUGAUAAAUAUGCUGCUUGAAUUUUGAGUAUGUGUACAAUGUAGCUAACUGUACAAUGUACAACACAGCUUCCUGCACUCAGUUGAGUCACUCAGUGGCAGCGCAGAGUCACGGAGGAUGGCCAUGUGGUCCCACCAUCUCCAAGAAGCUCCACAUAAGUUAACCUUCACCCCGAAGGAAUCCCUCCCUCCAGGAGCGGAGGAGGCAUGGCCAACUUGGGCAUGUCUCAACAGGUUAAGAACAGGCACAGGAAGAUGCAGGAC